AUGCAUGAACUCACUAACGUUGAUUAUUUAUUGGUCAUCAUCAUCAUCAUCAUCAUCAUCAUCUUGGCAGAAAUUGAUUAUUUAUUGGUCGUCGUCAUCAUCAUCAUCAUCAUCAUCAUCAUCAUCAUCUUGGCAGAAACCUUUUGGACAUUCAGCAUGGCCAUAGUGGCCUGCCGAACCCUGGGCUGCAGACCAGACGUGCCUAAACCCGCAGAAAAUGAGGAGAUCGCCCAGGGCUGCAGCGGGGAGCUGAGUGCUUCUGUUCGGAUUGCACAUGGAGACGGAGGGACAGAAAUGCUGAGUGAGCUGAACAACACCCAUCAAGUUUCCAAACUCAGUCCACGGGCCCCACUUUGCAAUGCUCGACUCCGACGUUCACCCACCUGUAGGACUUCACCACAAACUCUGCACCGAAACACCUCCCUGUGCUCUGUUCAGAGUCGGAUUGGAAUCAUUGGUGGAACAGGCCUGGAUGAUCCAGAAAUCUUAGAAGGAAGAACCGAGAAGUAUGUGGAUACUCCAUUUGGCAAGCCUUCUGAUGCCUUAAUUUUGGGGAAGAUAAAGAAUGUUGAUUGCGUCCUCCUUGCAAGGCAUGGGAGGCAGCAUACCAUCAUGCCUUCCAAAGUCAACUAUCAGGCGAACAUCUGGGCCCUGAAGGAGGAGGGCUGUACUCAUGUCAUAGUGACCACAGCUUGCGGUUCCUUGAGGGAGGAGAUACAGCCCGGCGAUAUCGUCAUUAUUGACCAGUUCAUCGACAGGACCACCAUGAGGCCUCAGACCUUCUAUGAUGGGAGUCACUCCUGUGCCAGAGGAGUGUGCCACAUCCCAAUGGCUGAGCCGUUCUGCCCCAAAACGAGAGAGGUCCUGACAGAGACUGCUAAGAAGCUAGGACUCCGGUACCACUCCAAAGGGACCAUGCUCACGAUUGAAGGACCACGCUUUAGUUCACGGGCAGAGAGCAUCAUGUUUCGCACCUGGGGGGCAGAUGUUAUCAACAUGACCACAGUUCCAGAGGUGGUUCUUGCUAAGGAGGCUGGACUUUGCUAUGCAAGUAUCGCCAUGGCAACAGAUUAUGAUUGCUGGAAGGAGCACGAGGAAGUGGUUUCGGUGGACAGGGUUUUAAAGACCCUGAAAGAAAAUGCCAACAAAGCCAAAAGUUUGCUCCUCACGACCAUACCUCAGAUAGGUUCCAUGGAAUGGUCAGAAACCCUCCAUAACCUGAAGAAUAUGGCCCAGUUCUCUGUUUUAUUACCAAGACAUUAAAAUAUAGCAUGACUUCCCAGAAGAUAAGACUUUCUAAUUCUAGUCAUUUGGGGAAUUCUUGCUUAAUCUGAAAAGCUUUCGUGCCCUUGCCCGCUAAGGAAGAACAUGUGCUAAGACCAUGCCCGUGUGAAAGAUGCCUUCCGAAAGACAUGGACUGCUCCAAAAAACAGGGAAACAACUGACCAGUAAACAUGUGAAAAUUCCUAACCUGUAGAAAAAAGACAAGAAGAUACCAUUCACCCUUCCCCCAUUAAAUUCAUAACAGUAACAGGUGGGAGGUGCAGUUUCUUAUGUUGCCAAGGAUAUGAAGACAAAGUGGGACUUGGACUAUUUAUCAGUGGCACUGUAAAUGUGUACAGUCUUUCUGGAGAGUGGUUUGGUAAAUGUACCAAAAGGCUUAAAAACACUUAACACCCUUUUUGCUGGUUACUCUGCUCCUUUUAUCUUUAAAAAUUCAUCUUUAAAAAAUUAGAAAUAUGGUAGUGAAUGAUAACUGCAAAGAAUUAUGUGUAAAGAAGGAUGUUUUAUAUAGUGCCAGUUUUAAUAGCAAAUAUUCAAAACAAUCUGAAUAUCCAAAAAUUAGAGAUAAAUUAUGGUUUAGCCCUAAUUAGGUUAUGAAGGGGCCAACUGAAGAUCAUGUUUUUAUGUAAUAUUUAAUGUCCUAAAGGAUUGGUUGCUGUAUAAUAUAAAAUGAAAAAAACAUGAGCAUUU